AUGGCACAGACACGGCACAGACACGGCACAGACACGGCACAGACACGGCACAGACACGGCACAGACACGGCACAGACACGGCACAGACAUGGCACAGACACGGCACAGACAUGGCACAGACACGUCACAGACAUGGCACAGACAUGGCACAGACACGGCACAGACAUGGCACAGACACGGCACAGACAUGGCACAGACAUGGCACAUACACGGCACAGACAUGGCACAGACAUGGCACAGACACAGCACAGACACAGCACAGACAUGGCACAGACACGGCACAGACAUGGCACAGACAUGGCACAGACAUGGCACAGACACGGCACAGACAUGGCACAGACACGGCACAGACAUGGCACAGACAUGGCACAGACACGGCACAGACAUGGCACAGACAUGGCACAGACAUGGCACAGACACGGCACAGACAUGGCACAGACACGGCACAGACAUGGCACAGACACGGCACAGACAUGGCACAGACAGUUCACUGUCCCUUUUCAGACUCUGCUCUGUACGGGCUGGGAACAACAGGACACCAAGCCCCCGGAGCAGGGCCUUAUCUGGGGCAGAGCGAGCCACAGCAGCCUGGAAGGAACCGUGGAAGAGAGACAGGAAAAAGGUGGAAGCAUUGUCCACGUAUCCUGCCCCAAAACAGGCUCCAUCCGAAAAGAGCAGCUUCUCAACGGACAUCCUCCAGAGGCUGAGAAGAGGACUUUACAUUACCUUCAUUCAGGAUUUGUUUUCCUAAAGCCGGGGUACCUACACUUUUUUCUACUGUACAUGCACUGA